AUUAUCUUUCAUUGCAUACAAACACAAUUCCUUCCCACAUUUCUCAUCAACACAAAACCGCUACAAGUUUCUUUCUUUUUUGCCCUGCUCGUUGGGGUUUUCUUCAAAUGCUCUUGAACUUGAUACUUUGGAUUUUGAUCAUCUCUUUCGCUGCUGCAACUCUUUUGGCUGUAAAUCUGCUUCUUUUUGCUCUCCCUGGAGGGUUCUGCUCUGAGGAACACUUACAUUUUGGUUUGUUGUGGGUUCUUAAGCUGUGCUCAUGUCUACCCUCGUCAAUUCCAGUGGUGAUGAUGAAUUCUAUCCUGGGGGUUCUUUUUGCCCAAAUCCUAUGGAUUUGGAACGUUUCUAGUCAAUUGGUUCCCAUGUGGAUGUCUAUUGCCCUCCUAGCAAGCGUGUUCGCCUCAGUACCCCAUUUGCCUUCGGCGGAAGUUAUUUCGAGCAAGACAAGAAACCAUCCAUCGAAGUCCUUCCUGAUGAAUGCCUUUUCGAGAUCCUCAGGCGUGUACAUGGUGGUAAAGAGCGGAGCGCCUGUGCUUGUGUCUCCAAGCGAUGGCUUAUGUCAUUGAGUAGCAUCCGCUUGGCUGAAAUUUGCAAGAGCAAAAGCCAAGCUGCAGACAAGGUGGUCGUGUCUUCAAAGUCCAAUUCGGAGUUAUCUGUCUCUGAUGAUGUUGAAAUGAUCACUUGUGAUGAAGAGCAAGAACUUAAAAGUGAUGGAUACCUUACAAGGUGUUUGGAAGGCAAGAAAGCAACAGAUACUCGACUUGCUGCUAUUGCAGUGGGGACCAGUAGCCGUGGGGGACUAGGAAAGCUUUCAAUUCGAGGAAGCAACUCCGUUCGUGGAGUUACCAACCUUGGCCUCUCAGCAAUUGCCCGGGGUUGCCCUUCCCUGAAAGCUCUUUCUUUGUGGAAUGUUCCUUCUGUUGGAGAUGAAGGUUUGCUUGAGAUUGCUAAAGGAUGUCCGUUGUUGGAGAAACUCGAUCUUUGUCAGUGUCCUUCGAUUUCCAAUCAGGGUUUAAUUGCAGUUGCUAAGAGCUGCCCCAAUUUGACAGCUUUGAAUAUUGAAUCUUGCUCAAAGAUUGGGAAUGAGGGAUUGCAAGCUAUUGGAAGGUUCUGCUCCAAUCUGCAAUCCAUAUCUAUCAGAGACUGUCCUCUUGUUGGAGAUCACGGUCUCUCAAGUCUGUUAUCUUCAGCCUCUGCAGUGCUGACAAAGGUUAAACUUCAUGCUUUGAAUAUCACAGAUUUCUCUCUUGCAGUCAUUGGGCAUUAUGGCAAGGCCAUCACCAAUCUAAAUCUCAGUGGUCUUCAGAAUGUGAGUGAGAAGGGUUUUUGGGUCAUGGGUAAUGCUCAAGGUCUUCAGAAACUGAUUUCAUUGGUAAUUACUUCCUGCCGAGGGACAACAGAUGUGAGCCUCGAAGCCGUAGGCAGGGGUUGCGCAAACCUGAAGCAGAUGUGCCUGCGCAAGUGUUGCUUUGUAUCUGACAGUGGCCUGGUAGCCUUUGCUAAAGUUGCAGGUUCACUUGAGAGCCUGCAAUUGGAGGAGUGCAACAGGGUUACUCAAGCAGGGAUUAUUGGUUCUCUCUCAAACUGUGGAACAAAGUUGAAGUCUCUUACCCUAGUAAAGUGCAUGGGAAUCAAGGAUAUAACUUCAGAAGCACCUAUGCUAUCUCCUUGCACAUCCCUUCGAUCCCUGUCCAUUCGAAACUGUCCAGGGGUUGGCAGUGUUAGUUUGGCCAUGGUGGGGAAAUUGUGCCCUCGUCUUCAUCAUGUAGAUCUGAGUGGACUUUGUGGAAUUACAGAUGCUGGGAUUCUCCCACUUCUCGAAUGCUGUGAGGAAGGACUCGUCAACGUGAAUCUUAGCGGCUGCUUGAAUUUGACAGAUGAAGUAGUUCGCACUUUGGCCAGGCUACAUGGAGCAACCCUUGAGGUGUUAAAUCUUGAUGGAUGCAGGAAGAUUAGUGAUGCAAGCUUGUUGGCGAUUGCAGACAACUGCUUGUUACUCAGUGAUCUUGACCUAUCAAAGUCUGCUAUCACUGAUUCUGGCAUUUCUGUCCUUUCUUAUGCAAAGCCGAUCAAUUUGCUAGUCCUUUCUCUGUCAGGCUGCUCUGGGGUAUCAAACAGGAGUUUAAAUUUCCUGAAGAAAUUGGGUAAGACCCUGGUGGGUUUGAACAUCCAACAAUGUAAAUCAAUCAGCAACAGCACAGUUGAGCAGCUGGUGGAAAGCUUAUGGAGAUGCGAUAUCCUUGCCUAAUCAAGAAAUUAAACAAUACACACCUAUUUGCUGAACCAGAGAGGCAGAUAUGGAGGUGAUUACAGUUAUUCAAGUCCAUCAAUUCUGGUUUAAUUAGAAAGUUAGAAGAUGCUUUAAGCUCAUACACUUAACUCACACGGGUAGCAACAUUCAGCAUACACUUUUUGCCCAUCAACGGUGGGUAUGGACCUGCUGGUGCUGGUAACUCAGUGGCUUGGUUGUUUUUCUGGAGACUCUGGCAGAUACUUCAUCAUCUUCUUUUUGCAGGCAUUUGCUAAUGUAGAAAAGCCUGUUUUAACUGUUUAGCCUUUCCUUGACAGGAGGCUGUCUCUUUCAUGGCCCAUGGUUUCCCGAGAAUUUAGCUACCAAGUCCUGAUUUAAGGUUUUCACUUGUGGGUGAUCUUUCUUUGUGGUUUUAGGUCCUGUUUUUGUUUUGCUGGAUGCAUAGCUCGUUUUUUAGCUUAGUCAUGCAUUUCCUUUGUUGGCGUGUCUGAUCAAGCUUUUGUUGUUUCCAGUCUAUGGAGAGUGUGUUGUUUGAAUCAGUCCAGUUUAGUCAAGUGUCUUGUAAGGGGGUUUGCCCAUGUAUGGGGAAUUUCUUUUUUUCCUUUUGUCCUUUCAUGAGGGGAUUGUUAGUAUUUUGGGUUGUUUUGAGCAGUUCUAGGUGUGGGGUGUUCUUCAGAUCUAUGGGCUUGGUUUGUGGUCUGUAUUUCAGUCUGCAAUGACAACCUUGUAUUGGUUGUCUUUUUAUUUUUCUUCAAAUUUUUUCCAGCCCAGUCUAGAUUUGCAGAUGUUUCCUGCUUAUGAAUUGUACACUUCGAUCACUUUGAAAAUAAGUAAUGGAAUGAAUUACCUUGUCCCUUAA